UCACAAGUGGGCUUCGAUAGCGGGAGAGUUGUUUUUUUUAUCUUUACUAGUACUGUGCAGUCUAGUGUCCGCUGGUGGGAGGCUUUUUCGGCCAAGUGUGAGCGUGGGAUGCGGAAAAUCCCCGCAGCAUCCGAUCUUUCAUCCGUGCUGGGUUGGGCUCCACUGAUGGAGAUGUUAGACGUUGAAAAUCAUAGUUCCGAUACCGAGACAUGGCUGAUUUGAUAAUACGAAUGAGAGUUCAAGGAAAUACCAAUCCUCUGACGGCGAACAGUGUAGGGCAUGCCGACAUGACUGCUCGUAAUUGAAAGUAAUAGGCACUGAUGGUAAUUGGGUAGGGGAAGCGUGAAGAGUAAACUGGUCUCAAUUGAUAUAAUUGGUGAAUAUAAUCGAAAAGUUGCCCUGCUCAGGAGCAGGUUUGUGUACUCGUCGUGGAUAGUUUGAUGAAGCAAGAAUGAAAAGAAAUGUUGAGCGAACAACGAAGAAAAGUUCAAGAGAAAACCGUAAAAAUGAUCUCUGAUUUCAAUUGAGUGCAAUAAAAUCAAUAAAAGAAAUUCUAUGUUAAGCAUUGAGAGCCGGGAACAGUUCAAAUAUGGUUUUCUAGAAGUAUUGUAAUCAAGAGCGGGAAUAUUAAACGAUAGUUCUUCCUGUCUACUGUCCGAGAAGCUUCGCUACUGCUGAUCCCGCUCAGUACAACAGCACCAUUCGAGGAAGGAAUCAUAAGAAGAUGAACAUCUUGGUAAUAUCGUUCCUGGCAUUGGCGUCACUGUCCACUUUCCCCACACAGACACUCGGUGCGGCGGCAGCCGCCGAUGUGACCGAUCCGAAGAAGUCGCUAGCUGCCGCCGAAGCGGCCCUACCCGUCAACGAUAACGGUCUGAAGGAAAUCUGGCAGGAGGACGACCGUGAAGUGCUGAUCCGAAACGAACGGGGCACCAAGAAUGGCGGUGGCGCCGGCGCCUCGGGUAAGAAAGACCGCAAAAAAGACAAAUUCAACUCCAACUCCUCAUCAUCAUCAUCAUCACCAUCAUCAUCCUCCUCGGCCUCGUCCACCCUACAGAAACUCAAACAACAAAACACAAAAUCCAAAACCGACAACACUAGACAGCAGGCGCAGAAUUCGCAAUGUCGCUAUACCAAGGGACCAUGGACCGAGUGUGACGCCAAAACCAACACCCGCUCCAGAACGCUGUCACUGAAGAAGGGAGAACCGUCAUGCGUGCAAACCCGCACCAUUCAGAAGAAGUGCAAAAAAGCGUGCCGUUAUGACAAAGGAGCCUGGUCCGAAUGUGCCCCCAAUGGACAGAUGUCCCGUACCGAUAGUCUGAAGUCAAGCAGCGAUGCGACCUGCCAGUCGCCUCGAGUAGUCAACAAGAACUGCAAUCAGGGCAAGUCGAAAGACAAACAGAACAAGCCGGCCAAAACCGAGAAGAAAGAGAAAGCUCGCAAAUGGAGACGAAAAUUCGUGAAGCUCUACAAUAAGGUCAAAAAUAAUAUUGGAGCACAAUAGGUUGCUGUCUCCGCAAAAACCGUCAGUAAGAUGGAGUAUCAGCGUUUCUUUAAAUAAAACAUCCUCACCUUCAUAACAUCCACACAUGCAUACACACCCACAAUCAUCGUUCAAUUCCACACAACAGAAUCAAGCGGCGAAGCUAAUCCUCGGAAUCACACGGACUAGGAUUCUCCCGAGAGCUGCCAUAACAAGCAUCUUCCAUUAUAAAAAAAACCACAGCUACAGGAGGCAAAACCAAUCCAAAUAGAAACUAAUCUGAAACAGUCGGAAAUAUUGAGAGCCAACGAAAUCAAAUAUCUGUGAGAUCUAAGAAAACACACAAACAUGUUUACACAGUUUUACAAGCUCAGCUCACUCAUACACACAAUCGAAAGGACAACUAGUUGCAAGCCCAAACUUGCAAGGUUGAAUACAACCAGUACUCACAUUCAUAUAUUCGUUUUAAAAAUUGUCAUUUGUAAAAUAAGUAAACUUAAAAAAGUUUAUUAAGUUAAAUUUAAAAAAAUAAAAAAAACGAUUGAAAAGAAACUGAUCAUAACAUACGUGUUGAAUAAAACUAAUUAUAGUUAUUGAGCGGAAUAAAGGAAUAAGCAGAGUCAGACCCCAUUUGUAUAACAAACUUAAACAAGAAAUAGUAUGUCCCGAAUACUCUACGAGACGGAUGGUAGAAGUGGAAGGAAUUCGAUGAAUUUAUCGAAGGCAAAUCAACGACGAAGAAUUAAUUUGAAACAUGCCGUGAUGAAAGUGAAACCAAAAAAAAAUCUGCUGAUAGCGAGUCAACCCUAAAAAUGCUAUUCUUUAGCCAGAUAUACAAAACGAAAAAAACAAGAGUCAUUUCUCCAGUUGAUUCCAUUACCUAAUUAGAGUAGACGAAGCUAAGCCAAGUUAUAGAGAAAUUGUAAAAUUUUACUAUAGUAAUGUGUAUAACCACUAUCCAACACAUCCGAUAUUCUGAACCAACAACUUUUCAUGUUCAAUUUGUAGAUCCUUCUGCUAGACAUGUUUUUAUUUAUUUUACUGUUUUGGUUGACCAUCGUAAAGGUAUGAAAGUAGAUCCAAAACUUAAAUAGCAGCGAAGAAAACAGCGAAAUCAAAACAAUUUACCAAACCAAAUAGCGAAAAUUCUAUGCUAUCCCCAUCCCGUCGACGAAUAGCUCUUGUAUGUUUGAUGUUCAGCGUUAAAAUUGAAUUAUUUCAACAGUCAACUACAAAUGACCUUACUUACAUAGCGAACACAAAACAGAAAUUGAGGUGUAAAUCUGUGUUUCCGAGUUCAAAGAUGGCUAUACAGGCACACAAAAACUAAAGAAUUCUUGGAUUGCGUGUUUUAGAUAAACGAAUAAACAGAACAACUCAAUUGAGCCAACUGAGACAUAACGAAGCUCUCUAUUAAAGUACACUCGAACACAUUAAACAAAGUCGGAAAGUUGAUUCUAUCAUCCGAUUAUUGCCGAGUGAGUCGUGAAAACAAUGAAAAAGCUAAACAACACGAAAGAUACACGGGCAAACGGAAAUCUGAAAACAACUAGAUAAAUAUUUAUAGACAUGAAAAAUAAAGAGGCAAACAACAUAUACAAAUAUUCUAAGUAUUAUUAUUGCUGUAAAAAAUGUCUCAUUCUAAACAAUAGAAAUGGAGAAGUAAAAUUGAAACCAAAAAAAAACAAUAGAAAUUCGACGAAGGUGUGCUCUCAGUUCAAAAUAUUGGCACGGGUUCAAAUCCUACAUGAACGUUUUUAUUUUUGAGUUUUGCUUGUGCUAUUGUGUUUCUGAAAGAGACGGAAUUUACUUCCAACUUCACGUGCUAUGAACUCUCCACUUUUCGACCGUUUAAUACUCCGAGAAGUAUACUGUUCCAUACAUUGAUUUUGAUUCUGCUCAUUAUUAAAAGCAUAUACAAUAACUGUAGAUUUAAAAUAUCAAAUUUCUUAAUAAAACAUAUUCUUUUGUGAUAUGUUGUAACGAU